CAAAACAAAAUAAAUUCCUGAAAAUUGUGAUGUUUGUGUAGUAAAAAUUGGCAAUCACAAAAAAAAUGAGUGAAGAAAGCACAAAAAAUGUGUACGAUAUGGAUGGAUCGACUUUUGAUUCGGAGGCAUAUGUAAACAAAAUUCUGAAAGAGUACUCAUUAAAAGAUGUAAUGAAUGUUGAAACGGCCAUUAUCCGGGACACCCAAUCACUUCAUAGUGAUAUGCAAACAUUGGUUUAUGAAAAUUACAAUAAGUUCAUCUCUGCGACGGAUACAAUGCGUAAAAUGAAAACGGAAUUUAAGCAGAUGGAAACCGAAAUGAAUCUCUUAGUAUCGAAUGUUAAGUCAAUAACUGAAUUCAGUGAUCAGAUAUCGUCAAAAUUGCAAGAUAGUCGUCAACAAUUGAGUACACUAUCCGAGAAACAAUUGCUACUGCAAAAGCUGCAGUUUUUGUCGUCGUUACCAACGAAACUGAAAACGUUAAUUGAUGACGGUAACUAUGGAUUAGCUGUAAAAAAUCAUUGCGAAGCGCUUGCUGUGCUCGAACAAUACGGUUAUCAGCCAUCGUUUCAGGGCAUUCGUGACGACUGUCAAUUGAUAAUGGACGAUUUAAAAUCAAAAUUGAAAAUUAACAUUCAAUUGUCCGGAUUCACUGCAAAAGCAAUGAUUGAAACUGGUGACUUGCUCUUGCAACUGGGUGAAAAACCAUCAGAUCUAUCGCGUGAAAUACUUCAGUUUGCCACCCAAAGACUUCACGAGCAAAUUGUCAUUCUGCAAGAUCAAACCGAUGGCAAUAUGAUUGAAUUUGUCGAUUUGAGCAUCAAAGGAUUCAUUAACGAUUUAAUUUUAAUUAUAAGCUCAUACACCGAAAUGUUUCUAAGCUCACCGUCAAAUGCAAAUUACAGCAUUCAAUAUGAUGAACUGAAUGCAUUUGUUGCGAAAAAUUUGGAGAAAUUUUCGGCAUUGGUACAGGUUCGUGUUGAAGUCGAGACCGGUCAUGGUGAUUACAAUGUUUUAUUGAGCGCACUCGAUCGUUUGCAUGAGAAAUUACAUGGAAUGAAGCAUUUGACAUGUGACAUCGAUAUGUCCACAAUGAUUGUUGAAAUAAUUGUGAAUGCGGCAAAUCAAUUGUGCAAUUUUCAUUUGAAGAAACUGAAAGAAGCAUUUUCGGAUAGCUUGAGUUCGAUUCGUUUGGCACUGGUAACGGGUAAUAAAAGUGACAGCACCCAAGCAACAGUCUCAUCUGAUUUAAUGGAACUGGUUAACCGGCUGUAUGUGACAACGAAUGAAAAAAUCAAAGUAGUCAUUCAUGAUUUGUUGAUUUUCAUAAAACCCGAAUGGAAAUUCAAGAUAAAAUCACAUCCGAAAGGUGUACAAUGCAUCGAAGGAUUUCGAGAAAAUUUGGUCAUUGGAUUUUUGAAUCACAUUGCUGCCACGAUGAUAUCUUAUGGUGAUACUAGUUUGGCUUGUCCACCCAAUUUGCUGUUGGUGUUUUCGAAAAUGUGCCUAGAAAUGGAGCAGAUUGGUGUGAAAAAAAUUAUUAUGUUUGUGGAUGAAAUGUACGGCAUCGAUCCAAUUGCAAAUCCAUCGUUGACCCAUGAAAAUGACAUGUAUGCGAAUAUGCGAAAAUCGGCACAAAUUCUACUUGAUUCGUAUGUGCGAUUACAGGGAUUGAACAUUUCACAAAUGCUGAGAAAGAGUGUCGAAACUCGUGAUUGGUUAAAUUGCUUGGAGCCAAGAUCAGUUAGAGCAGUUAUGAAGCGUGUCGUUGAGGAAUUGUCAUUGAUCGAUGCCGUUUUAUGCGAUUUAUACGAAUUGGGAGCACAGACUGCGGCUAGCAGCGAUUCAAGUCGUAAAACACAUUUCAGCAUCUCCGCUUCGAAACAACAUCGUUCGAAUUGGUCAAAUUGUACGUCUGAACCGAUGCUCAUUACGAACAUGCAUCGUCUUUUCUCCGAUAAAAUCGACAUUUUUGGAUCGGUACAGUUUACAAAAAUAUCAAUUUUAACGGGUAUCAUAAAAUUGAGCUUAAAAACCCUUUUGGAAUGCGUUCGCCUUCGAACAUUUAGCAAAUAUGGAUUGCAACAGAUUCAAGUUGAUGCACACUAUUUGCAAAUGAAUCUGUGGCGAUUUGUGGCCGAUGAAAAUAUUAUGCAUUAUUUGUUAGACGAAAUACUGGGCUCGGCCGUUCAUCGAUGCUUCGAACCAACUUUGAUGGAGCCAACAGCUGUGGGAUUAAUUUGCGACCAAAAUCACUAAAUAUACAUAUUAUCACAUACAUUUCAUUUUUUUUGAAAAACAUUGUUUUUUUUUUUGGUUAAAUAAUAAAUUAUGUUCAGUAUAUUUCACUGUAUAA